CCAAGGGGCUGGCGCCUCCCCGCCUCGCCGGGACUGUCUCGUGCGGGCGGCUGCGGACGCUCGUGGCCACUGGGGCUCCAGGUCGGCGCGCGGCGCACCUGGACCGGAGACUGCGCCUCCCGAGCGCCGCGGCCGGGCUGCGCUCCCGGGCUCCCGCCUCCUUCCCCGCCCGAGCCGCUCCGGGCCGCGCGGACCCCUGCUCACCGCAGGCGCGGCUGAGGCAUCGGCUGGGAAGGCAAAAUUAUUUCCCUUCCCAAGCAGAAAGGUUCCGAUUGGCAAGAUGGUGCCCAACUGUCCCCGCGCGCUCUUUCUGCUGCUGCUUUUCCUCGCCUGCCCCGAAUCGCGGGCUUCCCAGAACUGUCUCAACAAACAGCAGCUCCUCAGUGCCAUCCGCCAGCUGCAGCAGCUGCUGAAGGGCCAGGAGACGCGCUUCGCUGAGGGCGUCCGCCACAUGAAGAGCCGGCUGGCGGCGCUGCAGACCUCCGUGAACAGAGCGAAUCCGGACACGCCCCCAGUUUCCUGCCCUGCUCUGAGCGCCCCUCCGGAUGGCAGAAAGUUUGGGAGCAAGUACUUCGUGGAUCACGAAGUCCAUUUUACCUGCAACCCCGGCUUCCGGCUCAUCGGGCCCAGCAGUCUGGCGUGUCUUCCCAAUGGUACCUGGACGGGGGAGCAGCCCCGCUGCAGAGAUAUCAGCGAAUGCUCCAGCCAGCCUUGUCAGAAUGGUGGGACCUGUGUGGAAGGUGUCAACCAAUACAAAUGCAUUUGUCCUCUGGGAAGGACUGGGAGCCGCUGUCAGCAUCAGGCCCAGACUGCCGCCCCGGAUGGCAGCGAGAACGGGGACCACGCUUUCAGCCGCGCACCGCGAUGCGCGCAGGUAGAGCGAGCGCAGCACUGCAGCUGCGAGGCCGGAUUCCACUUGAGCGGCGCCGCCGGGGACAGCGUCUGCCAGGAUGUGAACGAAUGCGAGCUCUACGGGCAGGAGGGGCGACCCCGGCUCUGCAUGCAUGCCUGCGUGAACACCCCUGGCUCAUACCGCUGUGCCUGCCCCAGUGGAUACAGGACUCUGGCCGAUGGGAAGAGCUGCGAGGACAUCGAUGAGUGUGUGAGCCCGCAGCCCGUGUGCCCCCGGGGGACUGUGUGCAUCAACACGGGUGGAGGCUUCCAGUGCGUCAGCCCGGAGUGCCCUGAGGGCAGCGGCAACGUGAGCUACGUGAAGACGUCUCCUUUCCAGUGUGAACGGAACCCCUGCCCCAUGGACAGCAGACCCUGCCGCCACCUGCCCAAGACCAUCUCCUUCCAUUAUCUCUCCCUGCCCUCCAACCUGAAGACGCCCAUCACGCUCUUCCGCAUGGCCACGGCCUCGGCCCCUGGCCGGCCGGGACCCAACAGCCUGCGGUUUGGGAUCGUGGGUGGGAACAGCCGGGGCCACUUUGUGAUGCAGCGCUCAGACCGCCAGACCGGAGAGCUGAUCCUCGUCCAGACCCUGGAGGGGCCUCAGACGCUGGAGGUGGACGUGGACAUGUCGGAAUACCUGGAUCGCUCCUUCCAGGCCAACCACGUGUCCAAGGUCACCAUCUUUGUGUCCCCUUAUGACUUCUAAGGGUGCCGUGGGGGUCAUCUCUCUUCCUCAAAGUCUCAGCGACAGACAUCUCUCCCCAACCCCCCUUGCCCCCUGCCUGCCUGCCCGUCCCUCCAGGUCCCCGUGGAGUGGCACAGAAGCGCAGCCCCCAAACCCAAACUGUGGCCAUCACAUUUUGUCUGCUUUGGGGCCCUUCCCUGGGAUUAUGCACUUUCUCAAAUCUUUUUUUUUGCAGGGGAAUGGGCAGCUUUUCAAAAUGCCGUGUGCAUGGCGUUGUGAGUCUGAGCUAGCUGGGGAAGAAGUGCCAUGGAAUGUGUCUGAAGUGAUUGUGUUCGGCCUCCUAUAUUGUUAUAUUCAGGCCUUGAUAUGAAGUAGUUUGGGUCCUGCUGAGGGUCAAAUCAUACUCCUUUGCCUGUGGCAGGGACAGGGGGGCGGAAGGGGGUCCUGCCAUCACCCAGCACGUUCUCGUCUGUAUUCCCCUCUGUGACACGCCUGCCAGCCUUCUUGUUGGAGAGCCACGGCGGGGCCUGGACCCCCACACAGAUUCUUCCAGAACAAGGAACCAGUGUUCAAGUGUAGAUUCUGCCUGAAUGAAUGCCCUUGGGAGAAAUCAUAUCUCGAAACGUAACCCGGUAUUAUAACUGAAGAAAUAAAGUCUGUUGAUUGUCCCUGCCCA